AUGGGCUCCUCAAUCAACCUCGACGCCAUCGGCAUCCGCCUCUCAGGCGAAGACGUACACCUCCAACGCAGCGCAGUCUGCGACCUCCUCGACGACAAAACAAUCCGCUUCCCCGGCGCACAGCCCGUCUCCUUCGCACGCCGCCAUCUCGCCGAGCUCCGGCACGUCGACUACUUCAUGUGCGAGAAGACAGACGGGGUGCGGUGCCUGCUCUUCCUCACGCAAAUCUUCAUCGACGGCGAGGGCGUGGAGGCGCAGUUCCUCAUCGACCGCAAGAACGAUUACUACUAUGUUCCGCGCGAUGCGCUGCACCUGCCGCGCCUGGAGGGCCUGGAGACGUUUCACACCGGCACGCUGCUGGAUGGCGAGCUGGUGAGGCAGACGUUUCGGAAUGGACAGCAGGAGCGGCUGGCGUACUUGAUUUUCGACUGCCUUGCUAUCGAUGGGGAGAACGUGACGUCGCGGCCGUUCGACAAGCGACUCGCGCGCAUCGAAGCGCUCAUUACGAAGCCGUAUCAGAACUUCGCGAAGCAGUUCCCGCAGGACGUCGCGGCGCAGCCGUUCCAGCUGGAAAUGAAAAAGAUGGAAUUUCCGUAUGGGAUGGAGAUGAUGUUCCGAGACCGCAUACCCAACUUGCCGCAUGGGAACGAUGGGUUGAUUUUCACGUGCAAGGGCACGGCGUACAAGACGGGCACGGACGAGCACAUUCUUAAGUGGAAGCCGCCGCAGGAGAAUACGGUGGAUUUCCGCCUGCUGCUGGGUGCGUUCCCGUCUGUCGAGGAUGAGGAGGACGGGGUGGUGCGGGAGGAUUAUGACGCGAUGCCGGAGAUGGAGCUGUAUGUGAACUAUGGGGAUCGCAGGGGCGAGGGGUAUAAGUCAUAUGGGCCCUUGAAAGUGACGGAAGCGGAGUGGAGUGCGAUGAAGAAGCUGAACCAACAGCUGGACGGGCGCAUCAUCGAGUGCUACAAAGACCCCGCGACGGGCGGGUGGAGGCCGAAGGUAGAGAAGGACGGGGCGCCGCGCUUCCGCGACGACAAGAAGGACGCGAAUCACAUCACGGUGGUGGAGAGUGUGCAGGAGAGCAUUGACGAUGCGGUCACGGAGCAGGAUUUGGUGCGCGAGGCGAUGAAUAUCCGCGAGGCGUUCAAGGGGCGUGAGAAGGCGCGGAAGGAGGAGGAGAGGCGGCGGAUGGAGGCGGAGAGGGUGAGGCAGGAGGAGAGGAAGCGCAGGGCGAGUGAGGUGCGGAAUGGGAUGGAUGACGGGCCGACGUAUGCGGAUUGA